AAUCGUCAAGAUUUAAAACUUUCGCUUUUUAAAAAAGUUCUCACACACGGACACGAUGGGUGGUGUGCGAUUUGGUACGCGAGUUUGGAGUCUCAAACAAACGCAAAUAUCGCGCAUCAAUCGCGUUUUUAAUUUUUUCUACAUCACGCGAUACAUUCAGCAUAAUCCAAAAAAUUGUCGACCGUCGAAGCAACCGACUGGAAAUGGAAAGAGCAAAUUUCACAAAGCGCAUGAUCCAUGCGCUCCAUCUCGAUUACGCGCAUGCUCAGAUUUACUAUCUUCCUUCUCGUUACUAAAUAUAUAUAACAUCAUACUCUCUUCUUCUCAAAAAAUUCUGCUGCCAUGAGCUCGGUGCCGGAGGUCGCGUAGACGUCUUUGUUGUCGCGACAGUGUUUAAGGAAGUCAUUUCCACUCAGACACAAAACCAGGAAACGAGGAUAACAAUGUCUGUCACCGAGCUAACUUCGGAGAAGGAGUUCAACGACUUCGUCAAGUCAAAAGAACUUUCCGUCGUUCAUUUCUAUGCACCGUGGGCAGAACAAUGUACUGUAAUGAACGGGGCGAUAGAGGAAAUGAGCAAGAAGAACAAUCUCGUCAAGUAUGCCAAGAUUGAAGCUGAAAAUGUACCUGAUCUUUGUCUGAAGUUUGGAGUGUCUGCUGUACCCACUUUUCUUCUCUUGCGAAACAGCAGUGUGACAGAUCAAGUAAAUGGUGCAAAUGCUCCCAUGCUGAACGAAAAGGUCCGGUAUCAUACAAAUAAUACAGAUGCCCCAUCACUCGACGCAACAAAGAAGGAAUCACUCGAUGACAGACUAAAGAAAUUAAUAAAUCAAGCUUCUUGCAUGCUGUUCAUGAAGGGAACUCCUGCAAAUCCAAGAUGUGGCUUCUCUAGAACAAUUGUUUCCAUCCUAGAUAGUUAUAAUGCAGAUUAUCAAUCGUUUGAUAUAUUAGAAGACAAUGAUGUUAGAGAAGGACUUAAAAAAUAUAGCAACUGGCCAACUUAUCCACAAUUGUAUAUAAAUGGAGAAUUGAUCGGCGGAUUGGACAUAAUAAAAGAGGUUCACGAGUCUGGGGAACUGGAAAGUAUGCUACCGAAAAAAAGUUAAAAGACCUUCAAAAAGACCUUAUUAAAUGGAUAUUGAGACUGUAUAAAUAUACAGCAAUUUACAAAAUAUGAUAUAAUUUAUGAAUAAUUUAAGUUUAUAGUUUGUAUUCUAUAGUUCCGCGUUCUGAUAGUUACUACCAGAUCCGCUGGAAAUCUGUAAACAUGUUGCAUUACAGAUUUUUCAUACCUACAGUAAAUAUCAGAACACUGUCUAUAAUUUAUAAUAAAGUUUGUGGAAAAUGUU